AUGGCUUUCACUGGGAAAUAUGAGCUGGAGAGUCAAGAGAACUACGAAGAGUUUCUGGAAGCAGUUGGGCUUCUCAAUGCCAAGACAGACCACAAAGUGGUAACAGAGGUGCUUCAGGAUGGGAACAACUUCACCUGGACACAAACAAUCCCAAACUGGAACUGGUCCAAUAAGUUCACCGUUGGGCAGGAAUGUGAGCUGGCGACAAUGAUGGGCUCCAAAUUCAAGGCUCCUGUCGCUUUGGAAAAUGGCAAGAUUUCAAUACAGUUUCCUCAGUACAUCUUCACAGCAGAGAUCAUUGAAGAUAAGCUUGUAAUGAUUUGUAUAACUUCCGGAGAUAAGGGUGUGACUUUCAAAAGAGUUAACAAGAGGAUCUAA